UCCAUGAGGAAUUCAGUCAAUCGAUUGAUUCUGAUCAUUGUAUUCGCUUUUUCUUUGGAUUUUGGUAACUUUUUGCAACACAUAUCCCAAAAAGUGAGAGGAAUAGCACUGUUUACAUACAAAGCCAGGAGACUGCAACUUGAGGCAUAUGUCAUGUUGGGGUAGUGUCUUGGUCUGGACCCCAGGUUGCAGAGAUGGCAGGCGAAGGAAAUGUAGUCAUUAACAAAAAUAAAGAAAUGGUGCACAGGAAGCGUAGGGAAAGCGAUGCACGUUUUUCGUACAAAGCAAAGAAAAAAAAAGCGCAGAUUAUCCAAAAAGCAUUCUCAUUGGCAACCGGGAACAUGCGUGUCCUAAUUGCCAAUCAGGGACAGGUGAGAGACCCGACGUUCCGAAGUAGUGGCAAAAAGGAAACAAACGUACUGGAAACAAAAUUAGGAGCACUGGACAGGAAAUAAAACAAAAUAAAAUACCAGAAACUAAUAUUUACAGGGUAAAACGUGUCUAAAUGGAUUGUAAAUGAUCUUGAUGAAUAAUUUACACGUCAGAGCCCAGUGUGUGACAACAUUAGACAUGGAUUGUCGCUGGCUUCCCAAGGUUUCCGUGGGCCAACCAAGCCAACCCCAAUAGCCGAUUGACAACAAAACCCAGCAGUCCGACAGACUUCCAUUGUCUUUUCUCCGAUUGGCUGGCUGCCACUGCUUCCCCCCAUCCUUACUGGCUCUGGCGGGUGAGUGGAUGGAGCCAAGGGAUCCGGUUGGCUCGGCCCGACCCAAAGAGGCGGAGUUACAGGGAGGCAGGGCGGAGCGGAAUGAAGGCGAAGGUGCCGGAGGUGUCGGCUCAGCACGCGGCGACAAUGUGAUUCAUGGUGGCAUCAACGAAGGGGAGGGCCUUGAAGAGCAAGGGGAGGGGCUUCUGGAAGAGCAGGAGUUCUCCAUCAAGGAAGCAAGUUUCCAGGAAGGAAGUCUAAAGCUGAAGAUCCAGACCACCAAGCGCACCAAGAAGCCCCCCAAGAACCUUGAGAACUAUAUUUGCCCGCCGGAGAUCAGGAUGACCAUCCGACCUCCCUCCGGAGAGGGCAAAGGGGGGCGUCAGGGGCGGACAGGAGGGCGGGGUCAAAAGGAUGAAGAACGUGGACCGCCCAGAAAAAGGACGUACGAGCGCCAGUUCCGGUCUGUUCAAGGAGGCCUGUUGCAACUACUGGGAGAUCCCUCUCCACCUAAACACCAGCCUCGCAACACUCCACUCCCCGCACCCACUCUUUCCCUCGUACAACCGAUACAACACACCCCCACGCAACAGUUCCAACACGCUUCUCAGCACCAAGGCAGUCCCGACUGGAUCGCGUUCAGAGCACCUUCUGCUUCUCAAGCCAACCCUGCGGAUUCCGAGCCAGCCGCACAACAGGCGGGGGCCAGUAGGAGCUCUUUGAUGGAUUCGAACGCACCUUUCUCAAGAACUGUGACUCAAAGCCACUCACCUCAAAGAUCCUUGACUCCAGACCUGCAGUUACCAGUUGUUACAGAUGCCAGUAUUCUCAACUUGACCUCUCUCAGCAGGGGGAGAGGUAUACAGGAAGUUACCGAACAGCUCUUUGGGAACAUCAAGAGGAAGUAUGGCAGGAAGGACUCCCAGAAGAUGCUUUCUAAUCCUGAUACGCAGUGGGGAAGACAGUCUGAAAAAGAAACAGGGAGCCCAUCUAAAACAGAGGACAGGCAAAGGUACCGACUGGAGGAGAUGACUGAGCAGUUUGGGGAAGAAAGAGAGGAAAGGAGGAAGGAUGAAAGAGAGCGAACACUUCCUGGCAGGAGAGGGGUUGAAGAGGAUAGAGGGAUGCCCAUGCUGACAGAGGAAGGAAAAGGAAGAAAGAGGCGAAGGAGGCCUUCUUUUGAUGAGUCCUUUUCUGUUGAAGAAAAAUCUCGGCAGCGACAGGACUCUGACACAACAGAGAAACACCAGCAUAAACCUCCAGAAUCCAAAGUCGCUCAUAAGAUGGAGACUUACAAAAAUGAUUCCAAGCUCUCAAGUCAGCUUGACGUCAGUGGACAGGUGAUAGAAAAAUAUGAUAGACUGGAUAAAGGUGAUGAAAGAGACAAGGGAGAAAAGGUAGACAGAACAGAAAGAGAUGAAGCAGUUAGGAAUGGGCCAGAUCCAGAAUCAACUUUUAGUAUCAACAGAAUGAAAAAGAACAUUUUGGACCGUCCCAAGAACAACACUGAUACACAUAAACACAGAGAUCUUGCUCCUAACAUGAACAAACCUAUCAUCCCCACAAAUCCCAGACUCCCUAGCCCAAACCCCAGUCCUAGCCCCAGGGGAAGUAUGAGUCCAAGCCCUAAGCCCAGGCCAAACUUAAGCCCCAGCCCCAGACCGUGGGGAACCUUGAGUCCUAGCCCAAGUCACAGCACCAUCUCGACAGUGAGUUCUAGAUCAAGCAAGGGUAAAGACAGAUGGUCUUACCUGAAAGCUAAAACCCACACAAGCAUCACCUCACCCCAGAGAGACAUCUGCAGUAGUCCAUCAAUGGUAGCCGACCCACCGUCUGCCUUCCCUAUCACUCCUUCUAGUCCACUUUAUACAAAUACUGACAGCCUGACCGUCCAUAUGCCCAUCAAAAGAAAGCGAGGACGCCCCAAAAAGCAGCCCCUUCUGACUGUGGAGACCAUCCACGAGGGCACGUCCACUUCCCCCCCAAGCCCCCUUACACAAGAAACUGCUGCAGGGCUGAACCGCAGGAGAAAGACACACUCACCAAACACAUUACUGCAGAUGCCACCAACAGCAACAAGUGCGGAUGAUAACGGUCUGAAGGUAAAACGUGGAAAAAGCAAUUCAAGGCCAGUGAACAAAGUUAAGCUUGGUAAAAUGCAGAGCAUCCUAAAUGAGAUCCUGUCGAGCUCCAGUAAGACCAACAUGAAGUCUCCUUCUGCACCUGUUACCUCUGCUAUGAGUGCCAUGGCAUCCACCAUUGAGGCUCGUCUAGGAAAACAAAUAAAUGUCAGCAAGAGAGGAACCAUCUACAUUGGUAAAAAGAGAGGCCGGAAACCUCGAGCUGAAAUGCAAGGCUCCAAUCUUCCAAAAUCACAAAGGGACAAGCCGUCCAUGUGCGCCUCAAUGUCCAGUCUGUAUGAGAGCUCAGUUGUGGCAUCAAAUACCUCCUCUCCCUGCUCCAGUGCACCAUCAAUGCGAGCCAGCCACUCUGAUUCCACUAUGCCUAGUCUGCAGCCCAUUUCAGCCCUACCCCCCAAACCUCAAGGAAGAGGAUUCCUGUCUGGGGGAUGGAAACUGUCACCUCCCCGUCUCCUCGCUAAUUCACCCUCUCAACUAUCGGAAGGUGCAUCAGUGAAGGAGGUCACCUUGUCUCCAAUCAGUGAGUCCCACAGUGAAGAGACUAUUCCCAGUGACAGCGGGAUUGGGACUGACAACAACAGCACCUCAGAUCAGACUGAGAAAGGCCCCGCCUCUCGACGCAGGUAUUCAUUUGAUCUGUGUGGAUUUGAGGCUACCGAGGCUGCUGCUCUGGAAGCAUCCGCCAAAGGCAGUAGAGCUCGAAGUGAACGACAAGUAGCUACAGUAGACAACUUCCUUACCCAACAGGAGAAGAAGCAAAAACAUAAUCGCCGUAAGAGGAAGUGUCUUCAGAGUCGGGAUCAUCUUCAAUUUCUUUCUGAGUUAGAGGAGGUUGUGUCAAAGCUCCAGGAGCUACAAGUGUCUCACAGAAGAUACACUUGCUACCCACAGCAUCCCUAUCCCUCAAUUUUCCGUCUCAACUUCCACCAUUAUUACCCGCUCACCUAUGACACAUACCCCUGCAACUCCAGUCCGUACAUCCGCAGGAGUGCUGAACUAAAGGCCAAGAGGAGACGGGGUCGUCCAGCCAAAGCCAGUGAGCCCAUUGCCUCGAAGCUACCUUUUGUUCAAGGAUAUGGCUAUCCACUGGCAGGGGGAAAUUACUAUGCACCGUAUGCCAUGCCUUACACACCCCAUCUAAGUCUAGGCUACUUCCCCCCUGCGACCCCGUUCUACCUGCCUCACCACUCCCUUGGACAUGUCGCCCCAUCACCCUUUAUGAGACCUGCUGUACCUCCCCCCAAGGCUUUCCACUCCAAUGGCCACGCAAAGCUCCAGGCAGGGGUCAAACAUCGCAGCGUCAGUGGUCAACUUCAGGGACCUUCAGCAAGAGGAGAGGUUUUAGGAUCCCUGGGGAAUGGCAGUUCAGGUGGUCUCGGAGGCAUGCGCCUACAUAAGAGGAAGCACAAGCAUAAACAUAAGCACAAAGACGAGCCCUUGCUUUCCCCACGAGACUGUCAGGAGUUGGGUGGCCUCUUCAGCGGGGCAAAGGCCAGUUCACAUCGCAACAUGCUGAGUGACUCAUCCAGUCUAGGCCCUGCAAAGCAUCAGGAGAAGCAGAGGGCGAACAGUAGAGGCCCAAGCCUGGGAUCUACAUUGGGGAUGUUUGAAUCAGAAAAGCUAUCCUCACCUUCUCUUUCCGACAACCACUUCCACUCCCGUCAGACUGGACCGCCUACUAACAGUUUCAUGAAUAGCUACAGUAGCCAAUCACAGCAGCCAGAAUCCACGUCCUUUCUCUUCCUGGGGUCACAAGAGGAUGAAUGUGGUUCGAGGAGCAGGAAGAUGAGACCCAGUGUGUUCGGAGAUCAAGGCCUAAUGUCAUUGCAGUCUGCCCGGCAGGAGACAGGACAGAUGAACGAGUGCUCCAGCCCUCCUCUUUCUGGUGCUCCCGGUAAGCGUCGGUAUAAGCGUCGAGAGGUGGAACAGAUCCAGAAGGAGGUGAGGAGGAUGCAUUCUUUGAACUUCGAGCAUGUGCAGAAGAUCCUCCGUGCCAAGCGCCUGCAGCGACAAGCCAAAACGGGGAACAACGUCAUCAAGAGACGACCCGGACGGCCCCGGAAGCAGCCCUUGGACGCGGGGCCGGCCGACGGACAGGAGGGGAACCGGGGCGAUGGCGGCGGUUUGGACUCCGCUCAGAGAGCUGACGGCAGGACUCAGGGGAUGCCUGUUCUGGAGAGGUGCGACCAGCCGGCGGGCAGCCUCAAAGACCACGAUUCCAUCUCGGCGACCAUCGAGAAGGUGGUCCACAAGGCUCGGUCAGUGGGGGGCAAACGCAGAGGCAGGGGCCACAGCGGGGACGACUUAUGGGCGCCCUCCAAUCAAUAGAACACAAGCUUUGAAAGAUCCAGUGCCCUUAAGCCCGGGACUCAUGGUGCACUUUGGUUCGGGAGCACUUGUUUGUAAAGAUUCCUUGGACCUACGUUUAAAAACACGGCACUAUUGUGUGGUACUUAUGCUAGCAUAGGAUAUUCUGUCUCUGAUACAGUGAUGUGUAUGGUACUUUAUGAUCCUGUAUCUGAAUGUGGCCUCAGCCAUAUAUUUACCAGCAAGGGGAGGGAGGGAGGGAGGGGGGUUACGGUUCAUAUAAAACUGUGCAGCUCAGCAUAUUUUCUGCCUUUCUAAGGGAGCGUGUCAAAGAGAAUCCAGCAGUAAUUAAGCCACCCUCCCCUUCUACUUAUCCUCUAGUGUUUGUGCUCAUGUCGCUUCAGUGUUUGCUCUUCUUCCACCCCGUUUCCCCGAUCUACGCACCCUACUUCCCGCUUCAAGGCAAUAUGGUAGACUAGACUGUCGUAAACUGUACAUCAGGGCUAUUCAACUGGCGGCCCCGGGGCCAAAUCCGGCCAGGGAAUGAAACCGUACCGGCUCCCAGUUCAGUUCAAAACUUGGGCGACACACAUUUCUGCAGAAAAUUCCUAAAAAUACAAGAAUGCUCCUGUUGUGACGUGGAAACGCAAUGCAUUGUGGGCCUUGCUGGCUUAUGAAUAGCUUAUUUACACGGCUGAAUGCAAAUCUCUGUCAUAAAGUUUUGUUCGUUUCUUUACUAAGUUCCAAAUAUGGCGCGGACUGUUUGGUUUGUUUUAGAAGUUCAUGCUCAUAGACUUUGAUUGAUCAGAUCUAGUCUUAGACUUAGAUUGGUCAGAUCUAGUCUGGAGGCUGGUGCCAAAACCCCAAAUAUAUAUACUCCAAUACCAUGAGGGUGAGUCUGGGCAAGGAUGGUUCUGCCCAAUCGUAGUGAAGUCAACAUUCGUUUUUCUCACCAAUCACCAAUCUAAGUCUAAGAGUAGAUCUGACCAAUCUAAGUCUAAGACUAGAUCUGAUCAAUCUAAGUAUAAGACUAUAUCUAAUCAAUUUAAGUCCAAGACUAGAUCUGACCAAUCUAAGUCUAAAACUAGAUCUGACCAAUCUAAGGCUAAGACUAGAUCUGACCAAUCUGAGUCUAAGACUGGAUCUGACCAAUCGAGGUCUAAAACUUAAUCUGACCGAUCUAAGUCUAAGACUAGAUCUGACCAUUCUAAGUCUAAGACUAGAUCUGACCAAUCUAAGUCUAUGAGCAUGAACUGAUAAAGUUGUCUAAGACAAACUAAACAGUUCAGUUGUGAUCGAGUGAACGCCUUGAGAAGGACGCAAUGCUUGUUAUGAUUGCUUCUUGGACAAAAAACCCCUGAUUUGAUGAGAUUGUCUCAUUUCCAGUGUGAAAGUAAAGCCAAGAAAGUCUGGUUAGUGAGCUAAUAAAGAGACUGCGAAUAGCCUGGAUAUUAUAGACGAUCGAACAUCACUUUUAAUGCCAUCACCUGGUACCUCUUGGUGUGUUCAUGGCAUUUUCACACUGGUAAGUUUGAAUCAAAGCAUGUUUUAUUCUGUUUCACACGUAGCAUUUAGUAGGUUGUUAGCAUUAGCUAAGCUAGCUGCGGGCUACAGACAACGUACAGUAUUUUGGAAAAAAGCAAUACCCCGGUUCAUCAAUCAAUAACUGAGAAGACCUUUAAUAUAUCCAACAUUAAUGCAGUGUGUAUUUCAGGCUUGAAAUAUAUUUAGUUUAAAAGGAAUUUCUUCAGGGGACACCACACAGUGACAAGUACUGUUGACUUACCUCUGAAAUAACGACAGUUAUACUUCUUAUACUUUUUCAAAUGUUCUUGUAAUCCGACCAUAUUUUCGGUAUAUUAGAUGGAAUCUUUACCUGACACAAACUAUCAGUCGUGAGAACACUCUGUGAACAGGCCAACAUCAUAACAGAAGAACAAGAUAGAAAAAAAGAGAAACACAUCAAAAAUGCACUCAAAAACUGCCAAUAUCUGACCUGGGCCACCAAAAAGGGGAAGAACAAGUAAAAAACAAGGAAAAGAGAACAAAGAAGAAACCCAAAGAAAAACCUGAAAUAAAGAACAAAGAGGACAUAACCUUACCAUACAUUAGGAGAAUAACAGAACCAUGAAAAAACACAAAAUGAACACAACAGUUAAACCUCACACAAAACAAAACAGUUACUUGUACAUCCAAAAGACAAAGAACAAGACAAGAAAUGCAAUGUAAUUUCUGAAAUCCCGUGUAAAUCAUGCAAAAAAUCAUACAUCGGAGAAACAGGGAGGACAUUCAACACAAGGAAGAAAGAACAUCAGAAAGAAUGUGAAAAAGAGACAACUGGAAGGUUUACAAGAAGCCUAAAACAAAAAUCCGAACAGGAAAUCUUAAAACCAGCCAUAUCAGAUCAUUGCAAAAUAAAUAACCACAUCAUGGACUGGGACAACGCCAAAAUCAUUGGGACUGAAAGUAACAAAUUCAAACGAUGAAUUAAGGAGACGAUCGAACUAAGGAAGAAACCAUCAAUCGAGAUAAGGCUGCAUUCAUGCUUUCGCAUACCUGGGACUCCAUCCUCCAUUAACCAUCAAGCGGCGGGUGGGGGGACAGCCAACCAGGUAGACUUGACAGGUCUGCCUGGUUGGCCACGCCUAUAAGAACAGCUGAUAGGCAACAGUCACAGUGAUCAGGUGACCCUUCUGAAGAAGACUGCAGAUGACAGUCGAAACAUCCAUCCAUCCAUCCAUUUUCUACCGCUUGUCCCUUUCGGGGUCGCGGGGGUCGCUGGAGCCUAUCUCAGCUGCAUUCGGGUGAAAGGCGGGGUACACCCUGGACAAGUCACCACCUCAUCGCAGGGCCAACACAGAUAGACAGACAACAUUCACAUUCUCAUUCACACACUAGGGACAAUUUAGUGUUGCCAAU